AUGACAUCCCCCCUCUCCCAACGCGCCCACAAUGUCGUCGGCUCCGCCAACAGCCUCAUGUGGGACAUCAUGCGCAACCCCUGGUGUCCCACCAGCAAGCCAGACGGCUACGUCAACGUAGGGGUCGCCGAGAACGCCCUCAUGCAUGACUACCUCCUGAACUACAUGAACACGCAACUCACCCUCCCAGCAAAGUAUCUCACCUACAACGACGGCGCCAUUGGCGCGGAGCGUCUUCGCUGCGCCAUGGCCGCGUUCCUCAACAAACAUCUGCACCCCGUGAAACCCCUCACGAGCAAUGAUCUGCUCGUCACGAACGGCGUCUCCUCAGCAAUCGAGCACAUCUCGUGGGCGUUCACGGAUCCCGGGGAAGGAAUUCUCCUCGGCCGGCCGUACUAUGGGACCUUCAUCCCGGAUAUGUCAGUGCGGCCGGGGGCAGUGGUCAUUCCGGUGGCGUUUGGGGAGUGUGACCCGUUUAGUGUGGAUGCCGUGGAGUGUUAUGAGCGGGCAUUACUGGCCUUUCAAGCCACCACGGGCCGGAAGGUUAGGGCGUUGAUGCUCUGUCAUCCGCAUAAUCCGCUGGGGCGGUGUUAUCCCAAAGAGACGAUGGUGCAGUUGAUGCGGCUGUGUCAGAAAUAUCAGGUGCAUUUGAUCAGUGAUGAGAUUUAUGCCCUGUCGGUGUGGAAGAAUACGAUUGAUUUGGGGACGCCGGUGCCGUUUGAGUCUGCGUUGUCGAUUGAUACAGCGGGCGUUAUUGACCCGGGGCUGGUGCAUUUGCUUUGGGGUAUGAGUAAGGAUUUUGGAGCGAAUGGGAUACGACUGGGUGUGAUUAUUUCCCAGAGUAAUCCUGUUCUGUUGGAGGCGAUUAAGGGCGUUUCGCUAUAUACUUACUCGUCGUCGAUUUCGGAACAUCUCGCGGCGAUUGUUUUGGAAGAUGAUGAUUUUACGACUCGAUAUAUCCAACUUAAUCGGCAGAAACUGGCUGAGUCGUAUGCAUUCGCUGCGACAUAUCUCAAAGAUCACGGGAUUGAGUACGCCGCUGGAGCGAAUGCUGCGUUCUUUCUCUGGGUGAAUCUGGGCAAGAAGUAUCGCGAGUUGCAUCCGGAAGAGACUGCAAACCUGGGUGAUGAGAUUAGUGAUAAGGUGAUGCAAUUGUUGCUGCAGAGGAAGGUCUUCCUGGCGAGUGGCUUUCUGUUUGGGUCGGAGAAAAGUGGUUGGUUUCGGAUUGUGUUUACCCAUCCGAGGGAGUAUCUGGAGGAGGCGUUACGGAGGAUAGUAUUGGCGUUGGGGGAUUUAUAG